UGAACAAAUUGUGUUUAAUGUUAUGAACGUUUAUGUAGGGUAAACAUUCGCUUAACAUGCGCAAACCUUUCUCUAAAGUAAUGCACGUAGCAUUGUUCCAGCGACAACAGAGACGGUGGGUUUUUCACUUUUUAUUUAAAGUUUACUUUGGGCACUGAAGCCAUUUGAACUGUGUGUCCCGAAUCCCAUUUUCAAGCCCCCCUUCACCAUUGUUUUUGAGUCAUACGCCGCAGUUGCGCAAUCCAUUGGGCCGCGGUGGGGAGUCUGGAACGUAAUUGCUGCAACGAGAGCAAAGAAGUGAGGUUCAGGCAGAAAAAGUUUUCUGUUGGUAUGGAGAGUGCGGUUUUCUGCUUACACGGUUUUACUGUUUCAACUGAACGAAGGUGAAUGCCUGCUUGGGAAUAAGAAACUACACCAUCGUCAAAUCUAAAUGUGUUAUUUUUCUCCAUGGAAUUUCAACUCUCUUGGAUUUGUCGUGUUUGAGGAUUUUUUUUUUCUUUUUAGUAUCCAGGCGUAGCUACUUUGCGAACGUCUAAAAUGUCGGCUGCAAAGCAGUCCGGCGCCGCGAAGUUGCCCAUCGUGUUUCUGCUGUUCUCGGGGCUGGAUUUUACCCUCGGAGUGGGCGAGAGGGCCUGCCCGUCUCCGUGUACGUGUGUACGGGACCAAGUGGACUGCAGUCGGCUGAAGUUGGGGAAAGUCCCAGAAAAUCUCCCUCCGUGGAUCGUACAGUUGGAUCUGAGCCGCAACCGACUGCAGUCGCUCCGCCGCUCUCUGUUCGCCGGACCGUGUGACCUCCGCGAAAUAAAGCUGAGCCACAACGAGCUGGACGCCGUGCCGGACCUGGGGCCGUGCUCUGCGAACGUCACUCUGCUCAGUUUGGCGAACAACAGGAUCCCGACGCUCUCGCAGGAGCAGCUGCUGGCCUACCGCUCCCUGGAGACGCUAGACCUUAGCAACAACGUCAUCGGCGAGCUGAAGGCCGCGUCCUUCCCCGUGCUGCCUUUGAAAAACCUCUUCCUGAGCAAUAACAGGAUCUCCGUCCUGGAGUCCGGCUGCUUCCACAACCUGUCCGGCACCUUGCAGGUGCUGAAGCUGAGCAGGAACCGGCUCACCGCCGUGCCGCCCAAGAUCUUCCAGCUGCCCAACCUCCAGCACCUGGAGCUGAACAGGAACCGGGUGAGGCGGAUCGAUGGCCUGACCUUCCACGGGCUGCACUCCCUCAAGUCCCUGACCAUGCAGCGCAACGGGCUGAGCCGGCUCAUGGACGGGGCCUUCUGGGGCCUCAGCAACAUGGAGGUUCUGCAGCUGGACCACAACAACCUGACGGAGGUGAGCAAGGUGUGGCUGUACGGGCUGCUGACGCUGCAGCGCCUGGGCCUGGGCCACAACGCCGUCGCCCGGAUCCAGCCCGAAGCCUGGGAGUUCUGCCAGAGGCUCAGCGAGCUGGACCUGACGGCUAACCAGCUGGUGCGCCUGGAGGAGUCCAGCUUCCUGGGCCUCAGCCUCCUGAGCGAGCUCCGCAUCGGGGACAACCGGGUCAGCUUCAUCGCCGACGGAGCGUUCCGGGGCCUGACCCACCUGCACACCCUGGAUUUAAAAAAUAAUGAGAUCUCCUGGACCGUUGAAGAUAUGAACGGACCGUUUUCUGCACUCGACAAACUGAGGAAGCUCUUCCUUCAGGGGAACCGGAUACGUUCGGUCACCAAGAAGUCUUUUUCCGGUCUGGAAACCCUGGAGCACCUAGAUCUGAGAAACAAUGCAAUCAUGUCAAUCCAAGGGAAUGCCUUUUCUCAAAUUAAACAGCUCCAGGAACUGCGCUUGAACACGUCCAGCCUGCUGUGCGACUGCCAGCUGCGGUGGCUGCCCGCCUGGGUGGCGGAGCGCGGCUUCGCCCCCUUCAUCAACGCCAGCUGCGCCCACCCCCUGGCACUGAAGGGGCGGAGCAUGUUCGGCGUGCGCCAGGAGGACUUCGUGUGCGACGAUUUCCCGAAGCCGCAGAUCACGGUGCAGCCGGAGACGCAGUCGGCGCUCCGCGGGUCCAACGUGACCUUCGUGUGCUCGGCGGCCAGCUCCAGCGACUCGCCCAUGACCUUCGCCUGGAAGAAGGACAACGAGGCCCUGGCCCUGGGCGAGGGCGCGGGCGAGGUGCGCAACCAGGCGCACCUGCGCGCCCUGGCGGGCGACGUCACCGAGUACACCACCACCCUGCGGCUCCGCCGCGUCGACUUCGCCAGCGAGGGCCGCUACCAGUGCGUCAUCUCCAACCACUUCGGCUCCUCCUACUCCGGCAAGGCCAAGCUCACCGUCAACAUGCUUCCCUCCUUCAACAAGAUGCCGACGGACCUGAGCGUGCGGGCGGGGGCGACGGCCCGGCUGGAGUGCGCGGCGGGGGGGCACCCCUCCCCGCAGAUCGCCUGGCAGAAAGACGGGGGCACGGACUUCCCCGCCGCCCGCGAGCGCCGCAUGCACGUGAUGCCCGAGGACGACGUCUUCUUCAUCGUGGACGUGAAGGCCGAGGACAUGGGCCUGUACUGCUGCACGGCCCAGAACAGCGCCGGGGCCAUUUCCGCCAACGCCACGCUCACCGUCCUGGAAACCCCCUCUUUCCUGCGGCCACUGACGGACCGGACGGUCGCCAAGGGGGAGACGGCCGUCCUGCAGUGCAUCGCCGGCGGCAGCCCGGCGCCGAGACUCAACUGGACCAAGGACGACAGCCCCCUGGCCACCACCGAGCGCCACUUCUUCGCCGCCGGCAACCAGCUCCUGAUCAUCGUGGACGCGGCCGAGGCGGACGCGGGGCGCUACACCUGCGAGAUGUCCAACCCCCUGGGCGCGGCGCGCGGCGACAUCAGCCUGGUGGUGCUGCCGGGCCCCAACUGCGACCCCGCCCUGGGCGGCGGGGGGGCGGGUGCGGCGGCAGCGGCGGGGUCGGGGGCGGGGCCGGCCGACGGGGACGGCUGGACCACGGUCGGCAUCGUGGUGAUCGCCGUGGUGUGCUGCGUGGUGGGCACCUCGCUGGUUUGGGUGGUGAUCAUCUACCACACGCGACGCCGCACCGAGGACUGCAGCGUCACCAACACAGACGAGACCAACCUCCCCCCGGAUAUCCCCAGCUACCUGUCCUCGCAGGGGACCCUGUCGGACCGCCAGGACGCCUACGUCCCGUCGGAGAGCGGCAGCGGCAGCCACCAGUUUGUGUCGUCGUCCGGCGGCGGCGGCGGCGGCUUCUACCUGCAGCCGAAGGACCUGAGCGGUCUGUAUCAGCUGGACACCGGGAGCGAGGCUGACAUGGAGGCCGCCAUCGACCCGCUCCUCUGCCAUUACCCAGGACCCAUCGGGUCCCUCCUCCGGAGGGGAAACCUCUACUCUCUGGAAUCUUCCGAAGGCUUUACAGGCUGUGCGACUGACCCCAGGGCCGCGUUCGUCAGCUCCUACAGCGGCGGCCUCGGCGGCUCCAGGAGGAGGGAUCACUGCGGGACCGCCUCGCCGGACCCCUCCCCCGGCCCCCCCGGCCCCCCCGGCGCGCUGCACCCGGCCUGCUCCCCCGACCCGCUCCCCUGCAGCACGUUCAUGGGGACGUUCGGGAAGGUGCCCUGGAGGCCCCCGCCGGAGCUGUGCGCCGCCCUGUCGCGCGACCCCGCCCUGCUUCACGAGAACCCCUACGUGGCGGCCGACGCAGACCCGGACGGCGGCGGCGGCGGCGGCGCGGACCGGUCGGUCAUGUCGCCGGCGGCGGCGGGACGCGACCCGGGCGCGGACCUCCACGAGCUCCCGUGCUGCGGCGGCAGGACGCCGGGCCGCCAGCUCGGCCGCAAGAGCACGUAG